AUGUCCACUGCAGCUCGUCGUAGGCUGAUGCGAGACUUCAAGCGUAUGCAAACGGAUCCCCCAGCAGGAGUCUCUGCAUCCCCAGUGGCAGAUAACGUUAUGCAAUGGAAUGCAGUCAUCAUUGGCCCAGCAGAUACCCCCUUCGAAGAUGGAACCUUUAGACUUGUCAUGCAGUUCGAGGAGCAAUACCCCAACAAGCCUCCCGCCGUCAAGUUCCUCAGUCAGAUGUUCCACCCAAACGUAUACGCCACCGGGGAGCUGUGCUUGGACAUCCUGCAAAACAGAUGGAGUCCGACUCUUUUGAACGAUCCAAAUACUAGUUCCCCCGCUAACGUGGAGGCAUCCAACCUGUACAAGGACAACCGCCGGGAAUACACGAAACGCGUCAAGGAAACUGUGGAAAAGAGCUGGGAGGACUGA